AUGGAUAAAAGAUGGAUGAGUAUGUCACGAUCAAGUGAUGAGUAUAAAGCUGGUUUAGAAGAUUUUCUUGAUUUUGCAUUUACGAAUGGAAGUAUAGGGGAGAUGAUUUUAUGCCCAUGCAUUAGGUGUGGGAAUGGGGUAUUUGUCACGAGAGAGCAGGCCAAAUCACACUUGAUAUGGAAAGGAUUUAUUAAGGGAUAUACUCAAUGGUUAGCUCAUGGAGAGCUAUCUUCGAAUUUGCAUCAUACAUCUUCACAUGGCUCAUCAAAUGAAGUUCCACCACUCAAUCCCAUAGAUGAUAUGCAGGGGUUGUUACAAGAUGCAGUAGGAGUUCUAAACCAGAACCUAGAUGUGGGAGAAAGAUUAGAACCAGAACAGCCGAAUAUUGAGGCAGAAAAAUUCUACAAUUUAAUAAAUGAUUCGAAGCAGCCCCUUUAUCCAGAUUGCCCGCAAUUCUCUAAACUAUCUUUUCUGGUCCGCUUGUUACAUAUUAAAUGUCUCAGCAAAAUGCCCGAUUCUGUAUUUAAUACACUUCUUGAUUUGUUGAGGCAAGCACUCCCAGAAGGUGUAAAUCUACCCAAUUCUUAUUAUGAAGCAAAAAAAACAAUGAAAGAACUAGGACUUGGAUACGAAAAAUAUGAUGCAUGUCCUAAUGAUUGCACAUUGUAUUGGGGAAAAGAUGAAUCAAAGAUAAAAUGUGACACUUGUAAGCAUCUACGGUGGGAAGGAACAAAGGAUGAUCCUACUGGUGAAAAAAGAAAGGUUCCCCACAAGGUUUUGUGGCACUUUCCGCUUAAACCCAGAUUGCAGCGUCUGUUCAUGUCAUCUAAAACAGCAUCUUCCAUGAAAUGGCAUGUCGAGGGUCGUACUAAGGAUGGUCGCAUGAGACAUCCUGCAGAUACUCCGGUUUGGCAAUCAUUUGAUUACCAAAAUCCCGAAUUUGCAAAAGAUCCUCGUAAUGUCAGAUUGGGUUUAGCUUCUGAUGGAUUUAAUCCAUUUAAAUCUAUGAAUGUGAACCAUAGUACAUGGCCGGUAGUACUGAUGCCUUAUAAUUUGCCACCAUGGAUGUGCAUGAAACAGCCAUACUUUAUGUUGUCACUACUCAUUCCUGGCCCAUAUGCACCUGGGAAUAACAUUGAUGUUUACCUUCAACCUCUUAUAGCUGAGUUGAAGGAAUUGUGGGAUGUAGGUAUGACUACUUAUGAUGCAUCAUCAAAGGAAAAUUUUCAGAUGCAUGCUGCUUUACUUUGGACCAUUAGUGAUUUUCCUGGUUAUGCUAAUUUAUCUGGUUGGAGUACUAAAGGUUAUUUAGCAUGUCCAGUAUGUCAUAAGCAUACCGUUUCACACCAUUUAAGACAUGGUUCAAAACAAUGUUACAUGGGUCAUCGGCGAUUUCUGGAAAAGGAGCAUUCAUAUCGAAAAGAUAAACGUAACUUUGAUGGAAAGGAAGAACAUAGAGUUGCACCACCCCGCUUGACAGGUGAUAUGAUCUUGGAGGAGUUGAGGUCUUAUAAAAUCAAAUUUGGGAAGGCAGUCAAUGAUAACCCUGAAUUACCCUUUAACUGGAAGAAACAAAGCAUUUUUUUUGACUUGCCAUAUUGGAAGAACAAUUUGUUACGUCAUUGUCUUGAUGUCAUGCAUAUUGAGAAAAAUGUAUGUGAGACAAUAGUUAGAACAUUAUUGAAUGUGGAUGGCAAGUAUGAUAACCUUGGUGUACGGCGUGAUUUGGAAGAAAUGGGCAUACGAGCAGGUCUUCAUCCUAUUACAGAUGAGUUUGGGAGAGCAUACUUGCCUCCAACAUGUUUCUAUUUGGAUAAGAAGGAGAAAGAGUUAUUCUGUAAAAUUCUGAAAAAGGUUAAAGUACCGGAUGGUUAUUCAGCCACAAUUUCAAAGUCCGUGCAUUUGAAACCUUCCAAGCUAACCGGACUUAAGAAGAUUUAUGUUGUAAAGCUCUUUGUCCUCGGGAACUGCUUCGUAUGGAAAAGGAAAUUGCUGUUGUACUAUGCCAGUUAG